CUCGCUCGCCGGCUUUAAAGUCUCUGCCAGGAUCCAUGCUCACAUGUUACUUCCUGUAUGGAGGCAUGGCUAGUUUCCAGCCCCGCGCUCCCCGAUCCUCCCCAGCUCGCGCCGGAGCCACAACUUUCAGGAGCAUGGACUGAAGGCGCCCUCGCCCCAGCGCCCCUCUGAGAUCCUUUGUGUUUUCCUUGGUUUCCUCCAGCCGUUUCUAUUUUGGGGGGGCUCUUCGCUCCUCCUGCCACUACCCUCCCCUUCCCUGCUCGCAAACAUGCCUCCUUCCUUCCCGGGGCCCUGGAAGGAGCUGCCUGCCUGAAGCCGGGAGACGCUGUGCCGCGCUCAGCCCCGCCGCCGCCCGCCGGCUCUAGGGCUGCGCUGCCGACUCAAGUUGGGGAUCCUCGGCUGCUAGCCGCUGCCGCCGCCGCCGCCUUCAGUCCCUGCCUGCCCCGGGCCCCGGGCAUCGCCGCCGCGCGCCGACUCCUCGCCCUGCUCGCUCCUAUUUGAACAGAAAACAGCCCUUCUCCGCCGAGGAUCUUCCCCAGCGUGGCUCCACGUUCCCGGUCACUUUUUGAGAUUUUUCCGGGGGGGCGCUCAGCGGUUUCCCGGAUUCCAGGGGGACUUGGGCCGCCGAGAGCGGGGGGCCCGUUGAGCGGGCGAGCAGGGGAAGAGCCCAGGCUUGGAGGCUCACACGGAGGCAAGAACUUAUUCAACAAGUUUACCACCCCCCUGCUUCCCUCUUUUCGAUGUGCGUUUUCGGACAUGCGGAGGUUACUGGAACCGUGUUGGUGGAUUUUGUUCCUGAAAAUCACCAGUUCCGUGCUCCAUUAUGUCGUGUGCUUCCCCGCGUUGACGGAAGGCUACGUGGGAUCCCUUCACGACAACAGACAGGGCAGCUCAGCGCAGGUCCGCAGGCGCAAGGCUUCUGGAGACCCAUACUGGGCCUACUCGGGUGCCUAUGGUCCUGAGCACUGGGUCACAUCUAGCGUCAGCUGUGGGGGCCGUCACCAGUCGCCUAUAGACAUUUUAGACCAGCAUGCACGUGUUGGUGAAGAGUACCAGGAGCUACAACUUGAUGGCUUUGACGUUGAGUCUUCUAACAAGACCUGGAUGAAAAACACAGGGAAAACAGUUGCCAUCCUUCUGAAAGAUGACUAUUUUGUCAGUGGCGCUGGCCUGCCUGGCAGAUUCAAGGCUGAGAAGGUGGAAUUUCACUGGGGCCACAGCAAUGGCUCUGCGGGCUCUGAACACAGCAUCAAUGGCAGGAGGUUUCCUGUGGAGAUGCAGAUUUUCUUUUACAAUCCAGAUGACUUUGACAGCUUUCAAACUGCAAUUUCUGAGAACAGAGAAAUCGGAGCCAUGGCCAUAUUUUUUCAAGUCAGUCCAAGGGACAAUUCUGCGCUGGAUCCUAUUAUCCAUGGGUUGAAGGGCGUCGUACAUCACGAGAAGGAGACCUUUCUGGAUCCCUUUGUCCUCCGGGAUCUCCUGCCUUCAUCCCUCAGCAGCUAUUACCGGUACACAGGCUCUUUGACUACCCCACCGUGUAGUGAAAUCGUGGAGUGGAUAGUCUUCCGGAGGCCUGUCCCCAUCUCUUACCAUCAGCUCGAGGCUUUUUAUUCCAUCUUCACCACAGAGCAGCAAGACCACGUCAAGUCAGUGGAGUAUCUGAGAAAUAACUUCCGGCCACAGCAGGGCCUGUACGACAGGGUGGUGUCCAAGUCUGCCGUCCACGAUGCCUGGAACCACGACAUGACAGACUUCUUAGAAAACCCACUGGGAACAGAAGCGUCUAAAGUCUGCAGCUCUCCACCCAUCCACAUGAAGGUGCAGCCCCUGAACCAGACAGCGCUGCAGGUGUCCUGGAGUAAACCGGAGACCAUCUACCACCCGCCCAUCAUGAACUACAUCAUCUCCUACAGUUGGACCAAGAACGAGGAUGAGAAGGAGAAGACGUUCACAAAGGACAGCGACAAGGACUUGAAAGCCACCAUUAGCCACGUCUCACCCGACAGUCUCUACCUGUUCCGUGUCCAGGCCGUGUGUCGGAAUGACAUGAGGAGUGACUUCAGCCAGACCAUGCUCUUCCAAGCUAAUACGACUCGAAUAUUCCAAGGGACCAGAAUUGUCAAAACAGGAGUGCCCACAGCAUCGCCCGCCUCUUCAGCCGACAUGGCCCCCAUCAGCUCGGGGUCUUCUACCUGGACAUCCUCUGGCAUCCCCUUCUCAUUUGUUUCCAUGGCGACUGGGAUGGGCCCGUCAUCCAGCGGCAGCCAGGCAACCGUGGCCUCCGUGGUCACCAGCACGCUCCUCGCCGGCCUGGGCUUCAGUGGUGGCGGCAUCUCCUCCUUCCCCAGCACCGUGUGGCCCACGCGGCUGCCCACAGCCGCCUCGGCCAGCAAACAGGCCGUCCGGCCCGUCCUGGCUACGACCGAAGCCCUGGCUGCUCCGAGCCCCGAUGGCGAUGCGGUGCCAACCAAGGACAGCGAGGGUGCUGAGGAGGGGGAGAAGGAUGAGAAAAGUGAGAGUGAGGACGGCGAGCGGGAGCAUGAGGAGGAGGGCGAGAAGGACUCCGAGAAGAAGGAGAGGAGUGGGGUGACCCACGCCGCCCGCGCACGCAACCCCACCGAGCCCACCCCUGCGCCCUCGGCUCCCGGUACCGCAGCCCAGGAGGGUGGGCAUCAGACUAUAGCUGGGCGCCAGCGGGACCACGCUGCCUCCCCCACCGCCCGGCCCGAGGAGGCCCAGGACCCCCGCCCGGUCACCUCCACCCAAGUGCCCCCCACAGUCACAGAGGAGCAUGAAGAAAAGAGUGAUCCCAAGAGGCCAAUCACGCCAUCUAAGAAGCCUGUGUACCGAGGGGACCGAUUUUCGGAGGAUAGCAAGUUUAUCACUGUUAAUCCAGCAGAGAAGAACACCUCUGGAAUGAUGAGCCGCUCCUCUCCAGGGAGGAUGGAGUGGAUCAUCCCUCUGAUUGUGGUAUCAGCCUUGACCUUUGUGUGCCUCAUCCUUCUCAUUGCUGUGCUCGUUUACUGGAGAAAAUGUUUUCAGACAGCUCAUUUCUAUGUGGAAGAUAGCAGUUCACCUCGGGUGGUCCCCAAUGAAAGUAUUCCUAUCAUUCCUAUUCCGGAUGACAUGGAAGCCAUUCCUGUCAAACAGUUUGUUAAACACAUUGGUGAGCUGUAUUCUAAUAACCAGCAUGGCUUCUCCGAGGAUUUUGAGGAAGUCCAGCGCUGUACGGCUGACAUGAACAUCACUGCAGAACAUUCCAAUCAUCCAGAUAACAAGCACAAAAACAGAUACAUCAACAUUUUAGCAUAUGAUCACAGUAGGGUGAAGUUAAGACCUUUACCAGGAAAAGACUCUAAGCACAGCGACUACAUUAAUGCAAACUAUGUCGAUGGUUACAACAAAGCAAAGGCCUACAUUGCCACCCAGGGACCUUUAAAGUCUACAUUUGAAGAUUUCUGGAGGAUGAUUUGGGAGCAGAACACUGGAAUCAUUGUCAUGAUUACAAACCUUGUGGAAAAAGGAAGACGAAAGUGUGAUCAGUAUUGGCCAACAGAAAACAGUGAGGAGUACGGAAAUAUUAUCGUCACACUGAAGAGCACAAAAGUUCACGCCUGCUAUACUAUUCGUCGUUUUUCAGUCAGAAAUACAAAAGUGAAGAAGGGCCAGAAGGGAAACCCCAAGGGACGUCAGAACGAAAGGAUGGUGAUCCAGUAUCACUACACACAGUGGCCAGACAUGGGAGUUCCUGAGUAUGCCCUCCCAGUCCUGACCUUCGUCAGGAGGUCCUCAGCAGCCCGGACGCCAGAAAUGGGCCCCGUGUUGGUGCACUGCAGCGCUGGUGUGGGCAGGACAGGCACCUACAUUGUGAUAGACAGCAUGCUGCAACAGAUAAAAGACAAAAGCACAGUUAAUGUCCUGGGAUUCCUGAAGCAUAUCAGGACACAGCGCAACUACCUCGUCCAGACUGAGGAGCAGUACAUUUUCAUCCAUGAUGCCUUGUUGGAAGCCAUUCUUGGAAAGGAGACCGAAGUAUCUUCAAAUCAGCUGCAUAGCUAUGUUAACAGCAUUCUCAUACCAGGAGUGGGAGGCAAGACACGACUGGAGAAACAGUUCAAGUUGGUCACACAAUGCAAUGCAAAAUACGUGGAGUGCUUUAGUGCCCAGAAAGAGUGUAACAAAGAAAAGAACAGAAACUCUUCAGUCGUGCCAUCUGAGCGUGCUCGAGUGGGUCUUGCCCCGUUGCCUGGAAUGAAAGGAACAGACUACAUUAACGCUUCUUACAUCAUGGGCUAUUAUAGGAGCAAUGAAUUUAUUAUAACCCAGCACCCUCUGCCACACACUACGAAAGACUUCUGGCGAAUGAUUUGGGAUCACAAUGCACAGAUUAUUGUCAUGCUGCCAGACAACCAGAGCUUGGCUGAAGAUGAAUUUGUGUACUGGCCAAGUCGAGAAGAAUCCAUGAACUGUGAGGCCUUUACCGUCACCCUUAUCAGCAAAGACAGACUGUGCCUCUCUAAUGAAGAACAAAUUAUCAUCCAUGACUUUAUCCUUGAAGCUACACAGGAUGACUAUGUCCUAGAAGUUCGGCAUUUCCAGUGUCCCAAAUGGCCCAACCCGGAUGCCCCCAUAAGCAGUACUUUUGAACUGAUCAAUGUCAUCAAGGAAGAGGCCUUAACAAGGGAUGGCCCCACCAUUGUUCAUGAUGAAUACGGCGCAGUUUCUGCAGGAAUGUUGUGUGCCCUUACCACCUUGUCCCAGCAACUGGAGAACGAAAAUGCUGUGGAUGUUUUCCAGGUUGCAAAAAUGAUCAAUCUUAUGAGGCCUGGAGUAUUCACAGACAUUGAACAAUACCAGUUUGUCUAUAAAGCAAUGCUCAGCUUGGUCAGCACUAAAGAAAAUGGAAAUGGUCCCAUGACAGUGGACAAAAAUGGUGCUGUUCUCAUUGCAGAUGAAUCAGACCCUGCCGAGAGCAUGGAAUCUCUAGUGUGAUGGGAAUCCAGAAAGGGCACUUACUUUGUAAAACUUCUGAAGACUGAGAACUUUUUUGAGGCCUUUUUUGCCAGACUCUAGGUUAUACAAUAACCCAGUUACUUUUUUACACUGAUAAAAGUUUUGAUAUUUAUUUUUUGCCAUUUUAUGUCUUAAUGGUAUCCUACUGAGCAUUUGCACCUCUGUUCAUUUCACACAGUGAAACACAACUUUACCUAGUUUGCACUAUCGGAUCAGUGUUACUGCCUAUAAUCUAAUACUAAAGCAAACCCUGAGGUGACAUUCCAUGACAACACACAUGCUACUUUUUAAUUCAGUACAGUGAAGGUCUUUGUUUUGACAGUGAAUCUUGAUUUCUUUUAAUUAUUAUUAUUGCUAAAGCAGUUGCAGUCUACUAGCAGGCAAUGCUGUACUUUUCCUAUCUCCUCUCCUGUUUUUUUAAGGCACUGUUCAAUACUGUAUGCCUUCUGUAUUCUAGUGGAGUGGAUGAGCACUGUUUCCUUUUAAAGAACAGCAGGUUUGGGGGAGCUACUGAGAAGGUCUGUCAAGCUCAUGGCCUUGAAAGAGUUCCAUUUAUGAUGGUGAAGAUAUCCAUUAAGGAAUUAGAAAGUUUGAGUUAUUUCAUGUGAACAUCACUUAUUAGUUACCAAGUUAUAUUCAUAGCUUAAAAAAAUGCCCAAUUGUGUCCAAAUAAAGGAUAUCUCUGUAUGACAGUUUUCACGGUAGCUCUGUGGACAGUGUGUGUUAUUUCCAUUUUGACUCUCAGCAACAGAUAGACCCCAAAAAUCAGGGCCAUCUUUUGCAAGGGAGAGAUGGCGAUAUUUUACUGAACUCACUUUCAAAACCCUUGAGUGAAUCUCUAUCCGUGCUUCAUGAUUUAUAAUACCAUACCUCACAGCAGGUGGAAUAAUGAAAAUCUUUGCAAGUGUGUAAUUUUGAAACUACACUUCUGAGCAAUUGCUAUUGAACUUUGAGCAAUUGAUAUUUGCCCAUCUUGCCUCUAAAAUAUUCCUGUUACUCCUAUAGAAAUCUAAUCUACUACCUAUAUAGUUAACAUUCUUUUCUUUCUUUUUUGCCAAAUAUUUCAUGAUAAAUCUCGUAAUUACAAAUAUUCUUCUAUUUAGAAUUAAACUGAAAAUAUUGUGUUAGGAAAAGUCCUGGGACUCUCUAGAUGCCCACACAUGGAUAAAUCUGACUUGGAGAGAGAAAACGAGAAUCUUAAGUAAAAGGUAACAUUUUCAAAUAGUUUUUAGAAGCAAAAGACAGCUUUCUAUGUUAUGUCCUUUAGCCGCCAGAGCAGAUACACUUCAGUAAAAGAGGCUGCUCAUUGUAACACAGAGCCCAGGGAAAUUAUUUCUUGGAGCCCUGUUCACCCUGCAGUACAUGAUGAGAAGAUUAAGAGCAUCAACAAAGAAUUUCAGUUCAGCUAGUUAGAAAAAUAAGCUACUUACUGAGAUCUGUUUCUUCUACUGCGUAUUUGCUUUUGAUGGACAACUUCGUUCAGAAGUGAAACCAUCACCAGAACUCGGCCUGUUAAGAAGAAAGGGGUUUGGGUUAUUUUUUUAAAUGUAAAUAAACUUCUACAAAAAAGUCUA